AUGGCCUCCGAUACAUCAGAUUCUCUGCCUAUUCCUCAGCCUCCCCCACACCUAUUCGUAGGCAACUUCGCUGAGAUCGAUCCGAACGACGCUCCAGGCUCCUUCCAACGACUUGCGGAUAUCUAUGGCGAGAUCUACCAACUCCAGUUCCCAGGACGCGACGGCAAAGUCAUCGUUGUGUCCUCAUACGACACUAUCAACGACUGCUGCGACGGUGACCGGUUCGAAAAGCCCAUUAAUGCUACUCUGGAUGAGGUGCGAGCUUUGACCGGAGAUGGCCUGUUCACAGCUUAUCCCGGUGAAAAGGCUUGGGGUGUCGCUCAUCGGCUGUUGAUGCCCGUGUUUGGGCCAAUGGGUAUCCGAAAAAUGUUCGACGGCAUGAUGGACAUUUCGACGCAGAUGCUGCUCCGGUGGGACCGUUUUGGCCCAGAUCAUGAGAUAGAAUGCGCCGAUGACUUCACAAGGCUGACCUUUGAUAUGAUCGGGCUAUGCGCGUUUGGCUAUAGGUUCAAUAACUUCUACAGCAACAGUGCGCAUCCUUUCAUCAACCAAAUGGUGGAGGUUUUGGUAGAGUCUGGCAGACGAGCCACACGCACGUCUAUCGAGAACAAUCUCCGAGUCUUCGCCGAAGCCCAUCGCCAGGAUAACGUGAAGAAGAUGCACGAUCUAUGCGACCAGAUUAUCGCUGAUCGAAUCGCUCAUCCUCAGCCAGACGCCAAAGACCUUCUCAACCCCAUGCUUGAGGCAGUAGACAAGGAGACUGGUGAGAAGAUGACGAAAGAGUCCGUGCGAUACAACAUGGUAACCUUCCUGGUUGCUGGCCAUGAGACCACAAGCGGGACUCUGGGCUUUCUGUUCUACCACCUACUCAGAAACCCGGACAAGUAUCUGAAAGCUCAACAAGAAGUUGACGAAGUCCUCGGAGACGGUCCUUUAGAGCUGAAGCAUAUUCCAAAGCUUGAAUACAUCAAGUUCGCAAUUUACGAAGCGUUGCGUUUCCUCGGACCCAUUGCGAUCAAUGGAAAGCAUGCGCUAAAGCCUACGAAAGUCGCGGGAAAAUACGAAGUGCAGCCGAAGGACAUGAUCUUGAUGAACCUAAAGGGACUGCAUCACGACCCUAAAGUGUAUGGCGAUGACGCGGACGUGUUCCGACCCGAGCGUUUCCUGGACGGUGGUUGGGAGAAGCUUCCACCGAACUCAUGGAAGGCGUUUGGUGAUGGUAUGCGCGCCUGCAUUGGCAGGACGUUUGCUGAGCAGGAGAUGAUCAUGGUUGUCGCACUCAUCCUACAGAAGUUCCAAGUUGAGCUCGCGGACCCCGGAUACCAGCUCCAUGUGUCGGUUACAAUUACACAAAAACCAAAGGAUCUCAAGAUCAAGGUCCGCAGACGUCCUGGACGCACAAUGGCUAGCCUGGGUGGGACUGGAGGCGGUGCGACCAUUACCAAGGAGGCCAACGACAACGGACCUGGCAAGGCCAAAGAAGCGAAUUUACCUACCAGGGAUGCGAAGCCGAUCACCAUACUGUACGGAUCGAACGCCGGCACAUGCAAAUCCUAUGCUGAAGACUUGGAGACCAACGCCUCCCGGUUCGGGUUCAAGGCGAACGUCGCCAGUCUCGACUCGGCUACUGAACACAUCCCCAAAGACCAGCCAAUUGUCAUCAUCGAGCCCUCGUACGAAGGAAAGCCAGCAGACAACGCGAAGAAAUUCGUUGCUUGGCUGGAGAACAAUGCGACAUCCAAGCUACUUGAAGGAGUUCAGUAUGCCGUCUUUGGGGUCGGCAAUAGCGACUGGACCCAUACGUACCAUCGAAUUCCCAAACUUACCGACGAAUUGCUCGAGAAGAUGGGGGCUAAACGCUUCACAGAAACUGGUCUUGUCAAUGUGAAAGGAGAUAUCAUGGGUCCGUGGGAGAAGUGGUCCGAGCAGAUGUGGAGUGAUCUGCGCAAGUCCAGCGGUACCACUACUGAGGUACUUGGGGGACAGCUACAGGCUGAGAUCACGCCUCCAAAAUUCGCUACAUACCUGGGCGGCAAAGACAUCGGCUACGGUGUAGUGAAAGCCAACAAAAGCUUAGGUGGCGGCGAGGUUGGCCUUACCAAGAAGCACAUGGAGAUCGAACUACCACCGGGGACGUCGUAUCGCUCCGGCGACUACAUCGUCAUCCUGCCGAUGAACAGCAUCUGCAACGUAAGGCGGGUCAUGAAGCGCUUCGACCUAUCGCCUGAUGACAAUAUCGCCAUCACGGGCACCAGCAAGACUUUUAUUGCAACCGAAGCUCCAACUUCAAUCUUCGAUCUGCUCAUGACACGUGUGGAGCUAAGCACGCCCAUCUCGCAAAAGCAGCUACAGAUUCUUGCCGAAGCUUCUCCAGAAAACAAAAGGGCCAAGCUAUUGGAGUUAGCAAGCGACGAAAUAUACAAGAAGGAGGUCAUACCCAAGCGCUACAGCAUUCUGGAUAUCCUCGAAGACCACCCUGAUUGCAAGCUACCCUUCGCAGUCUAUCUCGACUCGCUAAAGCCGCUGUCUCCCCGCCAAUACAGUGUCUCGUCUUCGCCCCUCGCGAACGUAGACUUCAUCCAAACACCCGAAGGAACUACUGUCCAGCGUUUGAUUGCCUCUCUGACCUAUGACGUUCAUGAUGAGGCAGCCUGGAGUGGCGAUAAUCGCCGCUUCCACGGUGUUGCAUCCACGUACCUAGCGCGUCAAGAGCCAGGCGAGAAGAUCCGUUGCUUCCCGCGUCCCACGAACAUCAACUUCCACCUGCCUACCGACCCGACCGUGCCAAUCAUCAUGGUAUGCGCAGGAACAGGUCUCGCUCCAAUGCGCGGCUUCAUCCAAGAGCGUGCAACCAUCAAGAAUGCCCGCAACGCCAAGGUCGGACCGGCGAUCCUCUACUUUGGCUGCCGUCACUUCGAGAAGGACUUCCUCUACUCUGACGAGCUCAGGCAGUGGGAGGCUGAUGGUGUAGUCAGCGUACGCGGUUGUUUCUCCAAAGUCGCCCCCAAGGGACAGAAAGCGCAACGCGUGCCGGACCGCAUGUGGGACGAGCGGAAGGAGCUAGCUGAGCUAUUUGGGGAAGGUGGCGCGAAGGUCUUCAUCUGUGGAAGUGCGAGCAAGUUGGCCAAGAGUACUGCAGAGAUGUGUAUGAAGAUCUAUAGGGACACUUUCCCGGGCAAGACGGAAGACGAUGCUCUGGAAUGGCUGGAGAAGGUCAAGGAGACCAGAUAUGUGAGUGAUGUAUUUGAGUAG